AUGUUCGAUCGGAAUGACGAUAACCACCCCAGACAACGCCAUAAGUACUCAUUGCGUGGAUUCUGGCGAAGCGAAGUCGCAUCAUCGCUCGUCGUCGUGACGAGACCAGGCCAGAAUAGGAUGCUAGCUCGAAAUGACGUCUCGCGAGGCGCGUUUUUCGGGGAAAGCUCGGGCCUUGACGCCGGACAGCGAUUGGUUCGAACCACGCCGAACCGAAGGAAUCUAACUGUCCGUGCGGCGGGUAACACUUUCGGCACCGCAUUUCGGGUUACCACAUUCGGCGAAUCGCACGGCGGAGGGGUAGGCUGCGUCGUCGACGGUUGCCCCCCGCGCCUGCCGCUCUCAGAGAAGGACCUGCAGGUCGACCUGGACAGGCGUCGGCCGGGCCAGUCGCGCAUUACCACUCCGCGCAAGGAGACAGACACGUGCCGGAUUCUGUCAGGCACUGCUGAUGGGGUGACGCUAGGAACGCCCAUCGCGGUUCUCGUGCCAAACCAAGACCAGAGGGGAGGGGACUACUCUGAGAUUGCAGUGGCCUACCGUCCGUCCCACGCUGAUGCAACGUACGACUUCAAGUAUGGCGUGCGAGCCAUUCAGGGAGGAGGCAGGUCGUCAGCUCGUGAGACUAUUGGUCGAGUGGCGGCCGGUGCAAUUGCCAAGAAGCUUCUGGCCCUCCACUCAGGCACUGACGUGCUCGCGUUUGUGUCACAAGUGCACCACGUGGACUUGCCAGAGGAUGCUGUCGACCUCGAUACAGUCACACUGGAUCAGGUGGAAGCCAACAUCGUGCGCUGCCCCGAUGCGGCAGUGGCCGAGAAAAUGAUUGAUGCCAUUGACGCUGUGAGGGUGAAGGGCGACUCGUGUGGCGGCGUGGUCACCUGCGUGGCCAGGAACGUUCCCCGGGGGCUGGGCUCGCCUGUGUUUGACAAGCUAGAGGCCGAGCUGGCACGGGCGCUCAUGUCUCUGCCCGCCACAAAGGGGUUUGAAAUUGGGAGCGGCUUCUCAGGAACGCGCAUGCUGGGCAGCGAGCACAACGACGAGUUCUACGGGGGCAUCUCAAAUGGGGAGAACAUUGUGGUCCGCGUGGCAUUCAAACCCACCUCCACCAUCACAAGGAGUCAGCGCACGGUAACUCGCGAGGGCGUGGAGACAGAGCUCAAGGCGCGUGGCCGGCACGACCCUUGUGUGGUGCCCAGAGCCGUCCCCAUGGUGGAGGCCAUGGUGGCUCUAGUCCUCGCAGAUCAGCUGCUGCAGCACGUGGCUCAGUGCGACCUGCUGCCUGCUGAAGCCCUCGCCCCUGCUGCUGGUGUUACGGGCGGUAACCAGCGGGAAGCUACACUGUCGGAGCAGUCUGCCAUGUAUAGCGAGCAAUGA